AUGGGAUUACCUUCCAAUGGUCUACCUGUGAAGUUAACAGAGUCCGUAGAUGAAAUUAAAAACCUAUGUGAUGAAAUUGCGAUGAAGAAUAAAUUUGUUCCGCUCACAUCUUUGAAAUCUUAUCUGCUUGAAACAAAAGAUGCUGGAACUGAAUUUAAAAGGAAAUUUGUCUUAUACAUCAUUGGAGCCCUCUUGUGCCCCACCACAAAGGCAGGCGUACACCAAUCAUUCAUUAAAAUGGUUAAAAAUGUUGAGUCCAUCAGUCAAUUCAAUUGGGCAAAGCACACCCUUGAUUUUCUUGUCGACCGCAUUGCCAUUGCCAAGGUCAAAGAGCGGUCUGCUAUGUGCGGCUGUUUGCUUCUUCUAAUGUUAUUUUACUUGGAACAAUUUGCUCGCAAAAGGGAGUUGGUGGCUACUUCCAACUCCAUUCCUCUCUUAUCCUAUUGGGGCAAUUCAGAAAUUAAGCAGGGUUUGAAUCAAAUUAAAGCUUUGGGAGGAUAUUUAAAUGUUGAGGUGGCUUUGCCUAACAUUGGUGAAAAGUCCAAUGCAGUAACUCUUAGCCAGGGAAGAAUUGACAAGAAUGAUGACUCCCGAUUGGCUAAAGUUGAGAAACAAGUCAUUGAAAUUCAUGCCCUUUUGGUCCAAGGCCACAAGGACACAAGGCAAGAUGAGGAUGAGAAACAUCUAACCAAAGUGGAGAAUCAAGUUGAAAAAAUUCUUGAGUUGUUAGAAAAACACAUGCCAGUUGAUGGAGAACAAGUUAAAACACCACCAAGCAAACUACUUGCGGAGCAGCGACUGGUCAAAAUGGAGAACCAAGUUGGUCAAAUUCUUGAGUUGUUAGAACGACGCAUUCCAGUUGAUGGUGGACAUGUUAAAACACCACCAAGAAAACUACAUGAGGAGCAUUGAAUUGACAUUGAAAUGGUUGGUCUCAAUGAUAGUGGUAUCGAAAAGGUUGCAGCCAAUUCCCCGAAGUUUGUAGAUGAGGAUGAGAUAAGGAAUAUGAAUGACAAAAAACCAAUGGAAACAUUGCAUUUGAGAAAAACAAAACCAAUCCUCACACCACCAAAUGCA